CUGCGCGCCGGCCACUCCGCGCGCAUCGCCGCUGUCCUCCCGCCGGCCGGCGGCCUGACGGUUCCUGCCGCGCUUCGUGACCGGUGUCUCAGCUCCGCGGAGCCCCAGCGUGCGGCAUGUCGCGGCGGCGGCACAGCGACGAGAACGAUGGGGGACAGCCUCACAAAAGGAGAAAGACCUCUGAUGCAAAUGAAACUGAAGAUCACUUGGAAUCUUUAAUAUGCAAAGUAGGAGAAAAGAGUGCCUGCUCUUUGGAGAGCAACCUAGAAGGCUUGGCUGGUGUUUUGGAAGCUGAUCUUCCUAAUUACAAGAGCAAGAUCUUAAGGCUUCUUUGUACAGUUGCACGUCUUUUACCUGAGAAGUUGACCAUUUAUACAACAUUAGUUGGACUACUGAAUGCCAGGAAUUACAACUUCGGUGGAGAAUUUGUAGAAGCCAUGAUUCGCCAACUGAAAGAAUCAUUGAAAUCAAACAAUUUUAAUGAAGCUGUAUAUUUGGUCCGUUUUCUGUCUGAUCUUGUGAACUGUCAUGUCAUUGCUGCCCCAUCAAUGGUUGCUAUGUUUGAAAAUUUUGUAAGUGUAACUCAGGAAGAAGAUGUGCCUCAGGUGCGACGGGAUUGGUACGUGUAUGCGUUUCUGUCGUCCUUGCCCUGGGUUGGAAAGGAGUUGUAUGAAAAGAAAGAUGCAGAGAUGGACCGAAUCUUUGCCAGCACUGAAAGCUAUCUUAAAAGACGCCAAAAGACUCAUGUACCCAUGUUACAAGUAUGGACCGCAGAGAAACCACAUCCGCAAGAAGAGUAUUUAGAUUGCCUCUGGGCCCAGAUUCAGAAAUUGAAAAAGGAUCGCUGGCAGGAGCGGCACAUCCUAAGACCUUAUCUUGCCUUUGACAGCAUCCUGUGUGAAGCACUGCAGCACAACCUGCCUCCAUUCACACCACCUCCUCACACAGAAGACUCGGUGUACCCAAUGCCAAGGGUCAUCUUCAGAAUGUUUGAUUACACAGAUGAUCCUGAGGGUCCUGUAAUGCCAGGGAGUCAUUCAGUGGAAAGAUUUGUAAUAGAAGAGAAUCUUCACUGCAUCAUUAAGUCCCAUUGGAAGGAAAGGAAGACUUGUGCUGCACAGCUAGUGAGUUAUCCUGGGAAGAACAAGAUCCCCUUGAACUACCACAUAGUUGAGGUGAUCUUUGCAGAGCUGUUUCAGCUUCCAGCACCGCCUCAUAUCGAUGUGAUGUACACAACACUUCUCAUUGAACUGUGCAAACUUCAGCCUGGCUCUCUACCCCAAGUUCUUGCACAGGCAACUGAAAUGUUAUAUAUGCGUUUGGACACGAUGAAUACUACAUGUGUAGACAGGUUUAUUAAUUGGUUUUCCCAUCAUCUAAGUAACUUCCAAUUCCGUUGGAGCUGGGAGGAUUGGUCAGAUUGUCUUACUCAAGAUCCAGAAAGUCCCAAACCAAAGUUUGUAAGAGAAGUUCUAGAAAAAUGUAUGAGGUUGUCUUACCAUCAGCGUAUAUUAGAUUUUGUCCCUCCUACCUUCUCAGCUCUAUGUCCUGCAAACCCAACCUGCAUUUACAAGUAUGGAGAUGAAAGUAGCAACUCUCUUCCUGGACAUUCGGUUGCCCUCUGUUUAGCUGUUGCCUUUAAAAGUAAAGCAACCAAUGAUGAAAUCUUCAGCAUUCUCAAAGACGUCCCUAAUCCUAAUCAGGAUGAUGAUGAUGAUGAAGGAUUCAGCUUUAACCCACUGAAAAUUGAGGUCUUUGUACAGACUUUGCUACACUUAGCAGCCAAGUCGUUCAGCCACUCCUUCAGUGCUCUUGCAAAGUUUCAUGAAGUCUUCAAAACCCUAGCUGAAAGUGAUGAAGGAAAAUUACAUGUUCUAAGAGUCAUGUUUGAGGUCUGGCGGAACCAUCCACAGAUGAUUGCUGUACUAGUAGAUAAGAUGAUUCGUACGCAGAUUGUUGACUGUGCUGCAGUAGCAAACUGGAUCUUCUCUUCAGAAUUAUCUCGUGACUUUACUAGAUUGUUUGUUUGGGAAAUCUUGCACUCCACAAUUCGUAAGAUGAACAAACACGUUCUCAAGAUCCAGAAAGAGCUAGAAGAGGCUAAAGAAAAACUCGCAAGGCAACACAAACGGCGAAGUGAUGAUGAUGACAGAAGCAGUGACAGGAAAGAUGGGGCUCUUGAAGAACAAAUAGAAAGACUGCAGGAAAAAGUGGAGUCUGCUCAGAGUGAACAAAAGAAUCUCUUCCUUGUCAUAUUUCAGCGUUUUAUCAUGAUCCUGACCGAGCACUUGGUACGCUGUGAGACUGACGGGACCAGUGUGUUAACACCAUGGUAUAAGAACUGUAUAGAGAGGCUCCAGCAGAUCUUCCUACAGCAUCACCAGACAAUCCACCAGUACAUGGUGACCCUGGAGAACCUGCUCUUCACUGCUGAGUUAGACCCCCACAUCCUGGCUGUGUUCCAGCAGUUCUGUGCCCUGCAGGCCUAAGGGUCAUUUUUUUCCCUUUCCUGUCAAGAUUUUUUUUUAAAGAUCUCAAAAUAAUCUGUCUUAUUUUUGAUUGUUUGAAUGCUUGCUUUCUUGUAGCAUCCUGUCACUUUCUAAAAGAAACAGAGAGAGGACAGUGAAGAAAUAUGGUAUUGAUUACCCUUAGUUUCCCCUAAAAAGCAGAUAUUCCCUAAUGACAGUAAUGUGAUAAUGCAUAGGAUGUAUCAUAUAUGUGACAAAUACAACUUUUCUCUGAUAUUUUUUUCUCCUUAAGGCACAAAAGAUAACUAAUUUGAGGUAUGUGAAACACUAGAGGGUCAAGCUUAUUUACCAAGUAGUAUAUAGAACUGAUGAAUUUAUUAUCAAGUAGCAUAGCUUUUUGCA